UGACGUUUAUUUUCAUCAUAUAAUUAUAUAUACUAUGUAGAAGAAGCUACGGAUAUUUUUAUGAAUGAAAGUAAUCCAAUACGCAAUUUUUUAAAUUUAAAUUUCUUCAUUACCACUACAUCAGCCACAAUGUUAUAUAGAGGAUUACAACUGCGGUAUAUAGCGUAACUGUCUGGCGCUCGAUUUUGAGAGACGACGAGAUCGAGACUUCAAGAGGGUGUCCGACGAGACAGUAUUUAACAUUCUUAAUAAAAAAAAAAGGGAUCGCGCUUUGUUCACCCCUCGUCGAGACACGAAAAGACAGCGGAUAAAGUAUGCAUGACACAUAUAUAUAUAUAUAUAUUGCAGAAAUGGAGAACAGGUCUUGUCUCUCCUCGCGAGGCCAGACAGUUGAAGCCGCCGCGCUUCGGCACAAAAGAAUACAUUAUACCUUCGAGGAAUCCUCCCUUAAAGGGGUCUCGCGUCUGAGGUACUCGACGCGAUUCCCAAAAAUGAGAGAGGCGAAUCUCUCCCGCCGUCGUCUCUCACAUCCAUCCCGUUUCUUUCGGCGAGGGAUGUUGGGUUUCCCACUGCGUGCAACGCGGUGGGCAUGAAAAAGCGAAUUGGUGCCAUCGGACGCGCGCGUCUGGACCACGCUAACGACCCCUCCGUUUUUCUCCCCUUGCCACCCCCCGUGUCGCUGGCCCCACGACCGGUAAGAAUCUGUCUGCCAUCGGAACGGUCUUCUUCCUCCACCUCCUUUUUUCCUCCCCCUCUUCCAUCUUCUACCUCUUCCACUACACUUCUCCCUCCUUAUCGUACCUCUCUCCCUCUGGUCCCUGAAAUCUGGAACAAGAACCGCGUGGCGAGGCAGCCCGGUACCAGUGGCACCGACGAACUCGGUAUCGACGGGAGUCUCUUCAGGACUUCGGGGAUCUCGCAGCAUCGUCUCCACGCCACGCUAAGAUCCGCCGUCGCAGAGAGAGAGAGAGAAUCGUGAUACGACGGAAGAAGUUUCUCCUUCGAGAAGAGAGCAAACUUGGAAAAAAAGACUUCCAAACACGUUAGACUGCACAUUGAGACUGAAGGCAAGCUCUUGAAGAGGCUUUCCGGUUCGCACCGACUGGAUAGAAUUAAUAUAAAUAAUAAACUUAAACGUGACCCGAGUAUCGGCGAAUGUGGAUCUUCAAGUAUCAGGACUCCUGGAACUUUUAGAGGAUUCCGUUUUCCACCCCUUUUUUCUACAACCUCGAUUGCGAUUCUCUAAGGACCUCGAGGGAAACUUUAAGAUGACAGGCGGCGUUCAUGUAAUGACAUGCAAGACAAGACCGGUGCUCUUGUUCGCGUUGCUUCUCUUAAGCAUCCUGAGCAUCCUCGUCGACGGCCAAAGUUUAGCCUUUAGGUCCAACAUCAAGAUGCGGAAACUGUGCUCCCGGAGUCUGAGCGAUGCUAUGACCCUGGUGUGUCGGGAACGCGGCUACAACGAGCCGUUUUCGUACAGCGGCGAGGACGAGCCGAGAGUCGAUCCCGGUCCAGGUCUCGUCGAGGAGUGCUGCUACCAUCAGUGCAGCAUCGAGCAGCUCGAGCGAUACUGCAAGCCCCUACCCGAGGAGAAGCAGCACGUUAUAGAAGAGUCAUUCGGGAAUCUACCUUAUUCCACGAGAGAUCUAUCGUCGGAGCAGAGUCCGCGAUCGGAGAUGGAAUACGACAGCGGUACGAAAAAACGUAAGGUCGAUGAUUUGAAAAGGGGACGGCAGGGGAAAGGUGAUCGCAAUAUUGAUGGGGAAUGCAAGGGGAAGCCUGAUGCGAAAAAGCGACACCGCGGCAGGCACUGCAGAUGCCGUCGUCGGCGUCUGGAGUGUCGCCGAGCUGGCAAGGUUUCGCGCGGCGACGCUAAAUCUCUAGAUAAUAAAUUCGUGACAUCGUCGCCGACAGAGAAGCCUACGUUGUUUCCCUCCACAACGUCACAGUGCUAAAAACAAAAUACCGGUUGUUCUCACACAUACACACAUUCACACGCACACACAUACAUACAUAUAUGAGGAAUUCUAGGAGAUGCGAUUUCUAUAAGAAGGCGGUAUUCUUAGAGUGAAUUCACUUUUUUCUUCAACGCCAUUCUUCGACCUGUAUUUAUCGCAUCACUGGAACAAUCAGCCAAGUUUGCACAUGAUCCCUCAUCGAGAAAAAAAAACAAAAAAUUAAGGACAGAUAUUUUGCCAAUCGCGAAUCUUGGAACAUGAAGGAGGAAAGAGACUCAACACUUCAACGGGAAAUGAUGGGGCUUCUCCAAUGACGCUUUCUUUUAAUGACAGAAACAAUGUCAUUAAAGAAAUAGUGAAAUUCGACUCGAGAUAAAGUCGCGGACUGUAUAUCGAAUACAAUUGUGAUGAACUUGAGUUUAGAAUUCGGGACAAAUCGAAGAUCGUGAUCUCGCAGAGAAAAAAAAGACUUAAGUGACUUCAACGUGUAAAACGUUUCUUUCAAGCGCUCGGGAAUAGCUCGGAUAUUCGCCAGUGAUCUUAGUUUUAUUGACGACUGAUGAUCUCAUUAGUAUUAAAAUUUUUGUUGUAGAUUUAAGGCUUAAGUUAGAGAUUUCCUACUUGAAACACAAAUACAUCCCGAACGCGUACUUUAUUAACGAGUCCAUUAGCGAAUGGAUGAGAAUUUAAAAUGUGGAAUUGUAGUUUUUAAUAAAACAAAUCUAGAUUUAAAACUCUCAUUAGUUGUAGAUAGGAAUUUUAUCACGCUGUACACAUAGCAUAGCGUGAAAAUCUUAUUGGUCAUCCGAAGAUUGCAGCUGAUAUUUACGUUAAUAAUAUAUGCGAUCAAUAAACAUUUAUACGAACUAA